CCAAUGGAGAUUAUCACGGCCACGAAAGAGGAUAUUAGGAAGAUACCGACAAGUCUGAGUUCGAUCCGGGUUUUAUAUCUAGAACCCAAUGUUGGCAUCACCGGACUUGAUGUAAAUACGCAGCUUAAUAGCGUUUACUGGAGCAAUGAAUUGUUGGGGACAAUUAGCAAGCUCACGAUAAAUACCCGCGACAGACAAGUAGCGAUGAAUGUUGGAAAGCCAGAAGUUCUUGCAGUUGAUUGGGUCACUGAUAACGUGUACUUCUAUGACAGUAUGCACCCACACUCUCUUAAGAUAUGCCACCUAGAGGAACAAAAAUGCGCAAAAGUAGUUGCGGUCGAGGGUUCUGCUAAAGUAAUGUCUAUCACUCUGGAUCCAAAACACGGGUGGCUUUUUUGGAGUCAAACAAAUUGGCGAGCGCUAAACGAUCCGUCGAGCGAGAUUUAUAGGAGCGAUAUGGCAGGAUCUAAUUUAAAACCGAUUGUUGAUAAGAACAUUGGUGUCAUCAGUGGAAUGACUGUAGACCAUCAACGAUCGCGAUUGUAUUGGGCGGAUGCUCAUCUCAAUGUCAUCGAAAGAGCAGACCUCGAUGGGGCGAAUCGUGAAAUUUUUCUCAAGUCCCAAGUCCAUCAUCCGAUCGGUAUUAAUCUAUAUGAAGAUUCGCUUUAUUGGCUCGUCAGUAAUUCCGGAAGAUUAAAAACAUGUUCGCUGCAUGGAAUGAAAAUUUGCCAAACCGUUCAAAUAGGAUCAACGAAUAUUGAUCAAUUCUUUACCCUUCUGCAGACAUCGAGACAACCGUCCAUUGCGAACAAAUGCCAUCAGCACAAAUGCGACAACAUUUGCGUACCGAGGGAUGACAAUUCGGUCUGCAUUUGCCAAAAUGGACACAUACUAAAGGAGAAUGCUACGUGUACAGAGAGUCUGAUUACGGCAAUCAACUUCGUUUCCACGAAGCAGGAAUUGAAGUCGCAGAACAUUCGACAAGUGAGCGGCAUGUUCACCGGAAUCAUCGUCACGGCUACUAUGGGGAUCAUUAUGCUAACUAUCUACUAUUACUACGUUAAGAAGAAGUUCAGUAUGCUAGGCAAGCGCAAUGUCAGGUAA